AGGGACCCCGGGCAGAAGAGAAAGCCCUCCGGAGGCGCUGAGUUCGCCCGCCCGCCCGGCUCAUGGGCGGCCCCGGGAACGGCAGCGAGAGCCCGGCGGGCGCAGCCCCGGAGAGCGGGCAGUGGUCCCUGCCGCGCUGCGACGAGAGCCGCUGCUCCGCCUUCCCGCUGGGGGCCCUGGUGCCCGUGACGGCCGUGUGCCUGGCCCUGUUCGCCGUCGGCGUGGGCGGCAACGUGGUGACCGUGCUGCUGAUCCGGCGCUCCCGCGACAUGCGGACCACCACCAACCUGUACCUGGGCAGCAUGGCCGUGUCCGACCUGCUCAUCCUGCUCGGGCUGCCCCUGGACCUGUACCGCCUGUGGCGCUCGCGGCCCUGGGUCUUCGGCCAGCUGCUCUGCCGCCUCUCGCUCUACCUGGGCGAGGGCUGCACCUACGCCAGCCUGCUGCACGUCGCCGCGCUCAGCGCCGAGCGCUACCUGGCCAUCUGCCACCCGCUGCGCGCGCGCGUGCUCGUCACCCGCCGCCGCGUGCGGGCGCUCAUCGCCGCGCUCUGGGCCGUGGCGCUGCUCUCCGCCGGGCCCUUCCUCUUCCUCGUGGGCGUGGAGCAGGACCCGGCCCCCGGCGGCGCCCAGGGCGCGACGCCGGCGGCCAACGGCACCCGGCCGGCCGCCCCCUGGCCCGCGGAGGCCCCGCAGCCCGCGGCCCGGGCCGCCCCCGCGACGCCGGGGAGCGCCGAGAACGCGCUGUUCAGCCGGGAGUGCCGGCCCAGCCGGGCCCACCUGGGCGCGCUGCGCGUCAUGCUGUGGGUCACCACCGCCUACUUCUUCGUGCCCGUGCUCUGCCUCGGCGUCCUCCACGGCCUGAUCGGGCGCGCGCUGUGCAGGAGCCCCGCAGCCGCGGGCCGCCACAAGGAGCAUCGGCGGACCGUGCGGGUCCUGGUGGUGGUGGUUCUGGCAUUUAUAGUUUGCUGGUUGCCCUUUCAUGUUGGCAGGAUCAUUUACAUUAACACCGAAGAUUCCAGGACAAUGUACUUCUCCCAGUACUUCAAUAUUGUGGCUCUGCAGCUUUUCUACCUGAGUGCAUCCAUCAAUCCUGUCCUCUACAAUCUCAUUUCAAAAAAGUACAGAGCAGCUGCCUAUAAACUCCUUUUUGCAAGACAAUCUGGAGGAAAAGGUUCUGGAACUAGGGAUGGAGGAGGAGAGACUGGCGAAGAGACUGGAGGAGAAACAGCAGGCUACACUGACACCAGUACGAGCUUAAAAAAAGAGUGCAGUCACCAGAAAGUCCAAGGAUGAUCCCUCUGCUCUCCACAGAGAUGGAGGGGACUGUAGGUAGGGAAUGUGGUAAUGCCAUCAGAUCGAGUCACUGUGUUAGUUGGUUUAGUUGAAAGGUUUUUCUGUUGUACUGUAAGUCCCUUGAAGGUAGGAACUGGUUUUGCUUUUGUUAUUGUAUCCCCAGACCCCAGCACAAAGACUGGAAUAAAUGGUUUAUUGAUUUGAUUGUU